CUGUUCCCGUGACCCGGAAGUACUGCUCUCGGUGGUGACGUCUCUCCUUCCGGGUCGCCGUUUCCGCCUCUUUCUUUCAGCCAUUGCCGCGAGCAGGAGGUGAGCUCGGGGCUGCGGGGUGCUGGCCGGGUGGAGCCGGGUGGAGCCGGGUCCCGGCCGGGGAGAGAGGGCCCCGGGAGCGGGCUCGGGCCCCCGGGAGCCGCGGGGAGAGAGAUGUGGGCCCCGGGGGAGGAAGGCCGGGAGAGCGGGAACACGUGGCCGGGGAGAGAGCUGGGAAACAGCGGGGCUUGGUAGGCCUCAUUGUGCGAGACCGAGACAGAUUUAUAUCCCAGAUCAGGGGGACAUACUAAAAGGAAUGACAGAUUGGAAUGCCCAUAGACUUUGACAAGGCAGUGGAAUGCCCAUAGAGAAUAAUGGAAGUGAAAGGAAUGCCCAUAGAGAAUAAUGGAAACAAAAUAUUUCAAUUAGAGACAAAACUAUUACACAUAUGAAAUCCAUAUUUUGCCACAAUAUUCUCCAGAUUCAGUGUCAAUUUUUGAAAUUGAAAUUAAGUGGGAUUAUCAUUGUUUUCUAUAGAAUAACAAUGGUGAAUGACUAAAGAGAAUGCCCAUAGACUAUAAUGGGAGGCAACACAUAAACUCAUUUGCAGGUAAAUCUCUGUUAUGUAGCAAUUUUAUCUUUUCCACAGGUGUUCCCCAAGUACAGCAGUAGAUUCUAAAAUUAAAAGUAACUGGGAUUAUAGCUCUUUUCUAUGGAAUGACAGGUAAAUGAUGCAAUGGAAUGCCCAUAGAGUAUAAUGGCAAGUAAUAUGUGACUUGGAAUCUGAACCGUGAAACAUAUCAAGUAAAGCUUUUGCAGGCAUACUCUGCGAGUUCAGUGGCAAUUUUUGAAAUUGAGAUUAAGUGGGAUUAUCAUUGUUUUCUAUAGAAUGACAAUGGUGAAUGACUAAAGGGAAUGCCCAUAGACUAUAAUGGGAGGCAACAGAUAAACUCAUUUGCAGGUACAUCUGUGUUAUGUAGCAAAUUUAUCUUUACCACAUGUGUUCCCCAAGUACAGCAGUAGAUUCUAAAAUUAAAAAUAACUGGGAUUAUAGCUUUUUUCUAUGGAAUGACAGGUAAAUGAUGCAAUGGAAUGCCCAUAGAGUAUAAUGGGAAGCAAUAUGUGACUUGGUAUCUGAACCGUAAAACAUAUCAAGUAAAUCUUUUGCAGGCAUACUCUGCGAGUUCAGUGGCAAUUUUUUUAAAUUGAGAUUAAGUGGGAUUAUCAUUGUUUUCUAUAGAAUGACAAUGGUGAAUGACUAAAGAGAAUGCCCAUAGACUAUAAUGGGAGGCAACACAUAAACUCAUUUGCAGGUAAAUCUGUGUUAUGUAGCAAAUUCAUCUUUUCCACAGGUGUUCCCCAAGUACAGCAGUAGAUUCUAAAAUUAAAAAUUACUGGGAUUAUAGCUCUUUUCUAUGGAAUGACAGGUAAAUGAUGCAAUGGAAUGCCCAUAGAGUAUAAUGGGAAGCAGUAUGUGACUUGGUAUCUGAACCGUAAAACAUAUCAAGUAAAUCUUUUGCAGGCAUACUCUGCGCGUUCAGUGGCAAUUUUUUGAAAUUGAGAUUAAGUGGGAUUAUCAUUGUUUUCUAUAGAAUGACAAUGGUGAAUGAAUUAAGAGAAUGCCCAUAGAGUAUAAUGGGAAGUAGAAUAUAAACUCAUUUGCAGGGAAAUCUGUGUUACAUAGCAAAUUAACCUUUGCCACAGGGGUUCCCCAAGUACAGCAGCAGAUUGUAACAUUAAAAGUAACUGGGAUUAUAGCUCUUUUCUAUGGAAUGACAGGUGAAUGAUACAAUGGAAUGCCCAUCGAGUAUAGUGUAUAUCAACUCUUUUGUAAGGAAAUCUGAAAGACAUAGCAAGUUAAACAUAGCAUCCCUCCUUAGACAAUUUAGACUACAGCAUUUAGCCUACAACUACAGCCCCUAACCCUUAAUUGCAGCCCACAUCCCCCUACUACAGACCCUACACCCUACUACAGUCCUUUAGUCCCCACUACAGCCCCCAUACUCUACUUUAACCCAUAACCCCCUACUACAGCCCUGUAACAAACUACCCUUCUUCAUUGGCUUUUGGAGAGGCCUUCUUGACAGCCUCUUGCCCUGUGAUUAUGGCCCCUGGGUUGUAUUGCCCUUUAAAAACUCUAUUUGUGCCUAUUGUAUUUUGGAGCACUGUUUCUGCCCCUUUAAAUGGUACUGGUACAGUUCUGCACUUUUGAAGUGGCACUUCGGAUGCAGCUGAAGUGCCGAAGUAGUCGAAGAAGCUGCCAUUCGACAUACGAACACGUGGCGGCGGCCAUUUUAAUUCAGUCGAAAGCGUUCAGCGGUGUCUAGUUGUCAAGUUCAUGGAACUCAAAUCGGAUAUGCGACGGGACGAACACCGCUGAACUUUACCUUCUCCAGACUUCGACGCUUCGACUGGAGUCGAAAACCGUUUGACAAUUCGAACAGCACUUUAACAUUGACUGUUUGCACAAAUGGUUGCCGUUCGUCUAAUUGAACUAAAUCUGACUGUCUGCCAGAGUCUGUGUGUGUAUCUGUCUGCCUAUGUGUGUGUGUGUGUUUGUGGCUGUCUGCUUCUGUGUGGCUGUCUGCCUCUGUGUGUUUGUGUGUGUGUGUGUGGCUGUCUGCCUGCGUGUGUGACUGUCUGCGUGUGUGACUGUCUGCCUGUGUGUGUGUGACUGUACGUGUGUGACUGUGUGUGUGUGGCUGUCUGCCUGUGUGUGUUUGUGUGUAUGUGUGUGACUGUGUGUGUGUGUGGCUGUCUUCCUGUGUGUGUUUGUGUGUGUGACUGUCUGCCUGUGUGUGGCUGUCUGCCUGUGUAUGUGUGUGGCUGUCUCCCUGUGUGUGUGACUGUCUGCAUGUAAGUAUGUGUGUGUGGCUGUGUGUGUGUGUGUGUAAGACUGUAUGUGUGGUUGUCUGCCUGUGUGUGUGUGGCUGUCUGCCUGCCUGUAAUUGUGUGUGAGUAUGUUUAUCUACCUGUAACUGUGUAUGUGUGUUACUGCCUGAUCCUGUGUAUGUGACUAUCUGCCUGCGACUAUGUGCAUGUGGUGUCUUUACUGUGUUCAUCUGACUGUGGGACUGUGUGCACAUAACUCUGCAAAAAUAUACACCUGCAUUCACACACAAGCCUAAAUGCAUGUUUUUAUUUGAAUUAAAUACCCAACACACACAGCCAAUAAACCCAGCACAAAUAUCACAUACAACCAAUACACACACAGUUAAUACACCCAAUACAGAUAUCACACAUAGCAUAUAUAUCACACAGUCAUCACACCUAUCACAUACACAGACAACACAAACAUUACAUCAUACAUGGAUGACGGGGGAGGGGGGGGCGCUGUGAAGAUUUUUCGCACAGGGCGCCUAAAGGCCUAAGGGUGGCCCUGAAUGUAACACAUGGUUUCAUACUUACCUCUUAGGUGACAUUAUGUAUGUAUUGCCUCAUCUUAGACCAUGUGUAACUACUGUUUUAUUUUUUUCUUACUUAUCUCAUACUGCGAACAGUUGUAAUUUGUAUGUGCAAACUACAAUAAAAUAUAAAUUAUAAAAAAAUAAAUAAAUAAAGCCUCAGUUCCUUCUGUUCCUGCUUAACCUUCAAUACAUAGUCUUGUCUCGUUAUUGUAGGGAACUGCUAUACUUUUAUACUCCCCUGAGCUCUAAUCACUUAGCUCUUUUAAGAGCUGUUCCUGAUACGCUCUCCUGGAGGAGAGGUCUUUCCCACACGGUCCUGGAGGACAGAGGUUGAUCCAGGGUGGAAGGAAGACGGUGUGACUCCAGUUAAGCUACGGCGGUUGUGGAGUCUGCGGUGGUUGUGGUUUCCGGUGCGUGGUUAUGGUCCUCGGCGUCAGCUAGGAAGCGUCCGUCAACGGAGGUGCCCAAUCGGGGUACCAGGUGAUCCGUUACAAGCCCCUUACUGUAAAAUUGCAGCCUCCAUACCCUACUACAGCCCCAAACUCCCUACUAAAGCCCCUUUAAUCCAACAACAGCCCCUAACCCAACUACAGCACCGAACCCCUCCACUACAGCCCCUUAUUCCCACUGAACCCCCAUACCCCAAAGUAGCUCAUAUCCCCCACUACAGCCCUAAGCACCCUACUACAGUCCCAUACCCCCACCCCUACUGCAGCACCUAUCCCACACUACAGUACCUACCCCCAAAUGUAGCCCAGAACCCCUCACUAUAGUCCUUAUCCCCCACUGCAGCCCCUAACUUCCCUACUACAGCCUCUAUCCCUCCAACUAAAACCCCUAUUCUCUUACCACAGUCCCUAUCCCCCACUACAGUCACUCUUAUCCAAUUGCAGCUCAUAUCCCCCACAUUACAGCCUUUUUUUCUCCAACUGCAGCCAUUCCCCAAUUCAGCCCCUGACCCCAUACCACAGCCAUUAUCUCCCCACUAGGCUCCCCCGGGGCAGGCGGCCAGUGGCUUCCUGGGCGGGCGGCAAGGCAGCACUUUCAAUGCAACCCGCAAUGAUGCCGGGAGCCGGAAUAUGACAUCAUAUUCCGGCUCCCGGCAUCACUCUGCGGCACGCGAGGGAGAAAGUGCUCCCUCACUGAAAACUGCACAUCUGACCGCCUCCCUUCCCAGCAGCCCCACUGGACCCCAGGUGAGAAGUCCACGCAGCUAUCCCAAACGUAGGGAGGCUGGGUGGAUUUAAAUAAAUAAAAAAAAAUAAUAAUAAUAAUUGCGAGUGUGAGAAAAUGUGUGUUAGUGAAUGUGAGUCAGUGAAUGUGAGUGUGUCAGUGAAUGUGAGUGUGUGUUUCAGUGAAUGUGUGUGUCAGUGAAUGUGUGUGUUUCAAUGAGUGAGUGUGUGUCUGUCAGUCAGUGCGUGCGUCUGUCAGUGUGAGUGUGUGUCUAAGUGUAUGUCUGUCUAUCAGUGUGUCAAAUCAGUGAGUGUGUGUAUGUCAUUUUUUUGUCAGUGUAUAUGAGAGUGUGUGUCUGUCAGUGACUGUGUGAGUCUGUCAGUAAGUGUGCGUCUGUCAGUCAAAGUGCAGCCUUGACAUGAAGGGGUGGGGAAAAUUUUAAUUAGGGGGGGUGCCCGAGCACCGUCCUGCCUAGGGCAGCACAAAACCUAAAUACACCACUGAUUAGGUAUACAUAUCUGUAUUCUUUACACUACAGUCCUGAUGCACCUUAAUAAAUAGGUCUCUGUGGCAAAACUAGCCACUUGGACUAACUUGGACAAUAUGUGGGAAAAGUUGCCUGUAUCUUUAUUGUGCUGUACUAUGUGCCUGGCUGUAAUUGACUGCCUUCUCUGUAUGUUUCAUUGAUCUGUCAGCUAUCUGCCGAAAGCAGGUAGCCUUACUGUGUUUCGUUUCACGAACAGCGCCUUUGCGAGCUGUUCGUGAACCGAAUUAACUAUCUUUUAAUAGCCCACACACUAAGGGACGUGUGGCGCUUGUUAACCGAUUGCAACAAUGUUGCAAUUGGUAAUUAGAGGCUCUCCUAGGUGGCCGUCGUUCGGGCUACCGACCACACGGCGGUCAGCCAUCUUGGAUCCUUUGUUCCCCCCCAGCGGUGUUUGGUCGUCGAGCGCAUGGAACUGAAAACAGCUACUCGACGGCGCAAACGGUAUUUUGGGGCAAACUCUAUGGCAAAGUGUAUUUCGUGCGCGUUCGGUUGUUUUAGCUGGGAUCUGAGCGGGGUUCUCACGAACUGUGCAUUCAGACCCCAGCUAUCUACCGAACGUCCAUUCAUUUAAAUCUGCCAAAUAUUAUUGAAGUUAUAGAUUUUAAUGUAACUUGUCGGUUCUGCUGAACAGAGGGAUAAUCCACUUAACGGUACAUUCCAGUGGGAGUGCCCCUCUCGUGCAGCAGUGCCUGAUGGGAGAAAUGCCCUGUACAUUAAGUUUCCCAUGUAGUCCACUCCUGUAAUGCCCCUGUGAUGUGACUCAGGAAACCCCUUGCAUGGGGAAUUGUAUAAAUACUGGAGCAUGUGAUUAAAGACCUCAGUUGACUCCCAGAACUGUGUUUCGUCCGGUUACUGGGGGAUUUGGGAUAUUGCCUUACUUUUCAGCGCUUGACUCUGGAUUACUUUCUGUACCAGCGGAAUUCGUGGGAUUUAAUAUUGCCGAUCCGCUAUAGUCUCCCCCUCUAAAGAGUAAAAAAAAAAAAAUCAAAAUAAUUACUCACUGUAGCAGAUCGGCAGUAUUAAAUCCAUGAAUUCCGCUGGUUCAGAAAGUAAUCCACAGUCAAGCGCUGAAAAGCAAGGCAAUAUCCCAAAUCUCCCAGUAACCGGACGAAACACAGUUCUGAGAGUCAACUGAAGGCUUUAUUCACAGGCUCUGCAAUUUAUACAAUUCCCCAUGCAAGGGGUUUCCUGAGUCACAUCCCAGGGGCAUUCCCAGAGUGGACUACGUGGGGAACUUAAUGUACAGAGCCUUUCCCCCAUCAGGCACUGCUGCACGAGAGGGAUCCUCCCACUGGAAUAUACCGUUAAGUGGAUUUACUUUAAAAUGUACAGUUCUUCGACUAUUUGGACUAUUUGCACGAAUGGACGUUCGGUAGAUAGCUGGGGUCUGAGCGCAUCAUUCGUGAGAUUACCGCUCAGAUCCCAGCUAAAACAACCGAACGCCGCACGAAAAACAUAUUCAUUAAAACACACAUUCAAAAGACCGAUUGAAGUAUAGGGAAUAUAAUACCGAACGGCCCGGAACUCCCGAACAGCCUGGAAGUUCAGCACCUCUAAGUGUGUGGGCUAUUACAUGGUGGUUAUUUCGGUUCACGAACGGCCCGCAAAGGUGCCGUUCGUGAAACGAAAUGGAAUACAGCUAUCUGUGUUCGGCAGAUAGCCAAUACAGGAAAUACAAGGUAUUACAGCCAGCAUACAUUAUACUUAUGCACACACAUACCCCACAACCAUACAGGCAACCCUUAAAGGUACAGUCUCUUUAUAUUGUCCAAGUGGCUAGGUUUGCCACACUCACCCUUCCAGACUUGAUGCCCCCUCCUGCUUUAGCGCCACCCGGAUGAUGGGUCUAUCCAAUGCACAUCAGAGAGGAGUAUUGUGUGCCUGAGGCACAUGCAAUGAUUCUCUAUUGCCGACCAUGACAGCACUGUGCAUGCAUGCGUAACGUCAAGGUAUGUUACAGUAUGAGAAUUGGGAAGUAAGAUUCCUGGCUCUCAUACCCAGAAGGCUUGGAGACAUGUCUUGAGGUCGCUCUUCUAAGCCCUAUAUUUAGACACACACACGCAUAAGGACAUACAAACACUGACAUACAUUCACACAGACAUACAUUCAUACUGGCAUACACUGACACUGGCAUACAUACAUACUGAUAGACAUAUAUACAUGCAUACAGACACUGAUAUCCAUACACACACACAUACAUACAUACACACAGACAUACAUUCAUAUUGACAUACAGACAUACAUUGGUACUGGUAUACAUACAUAUAUACAUACUGACAUGCAUGCAUACAGACACUGACAUCCAUACAUACACACAGAUAUACAUUCAUACAGACAUACAUUCAUACUCAUGCAUACAUACAUAUAUACAUACUGACAGACCUACAUAUAUACACAUACUGACAGACAUACAUAUAUACAUAAUGACAGACAUACACACUGACACAGACAGCUCAUUUGUCAGCCACCCUCCUGUUUCUUACUGUUUCUUUGCAGGAGGGUGACUGGGGCUGAUAGGAGUCAGCAUGGCUCUCCCUCUUCAAGGCCUCCACGCUGGCUCUCCUCCUGCGCAUAGUGAGCUGGGAGGAAGUGACCGGCCGUCACUUCCUCCGAGCAGCACUUGCGUUACGGCUGCAUUUUUUUUUAUGCAAGGGGCCCUGUUGCGCUAUAACACGGUCACAGCGCUGACAGUGCCCCUGAAGAUAUAGGGCCCAUCGGGUGGCCCUAAGUGUGUGGGCCACCCGAUGGGCCCCAUUAGCGUGCGGCCCCAAGUGCAACUGCACUGGCGGCAGUUCCGUCGCUGCACAUGGGUCUCGGGCAAUUUCAAAAAUUUACACUGAACCUGGAGAGUAUGCCCGCAAAAGAUUUACUUGAUAUGUUUCAUGGUUCAGAUUCCACAUAUUGCUUCCUAUUAUACUCUAUGGGCAUUCCAUUGUAUCAUUUACAUUUCAUUCCAUAGAAAAGAGCUAUAAUCUCAGUUAUUUUUACUUUUACAAUCUACUGCUGUACUUGGGGAACACCUGUGGAAAAGAUGAAUUUGCUACACAACACAGAUUUACCUGCAAAUGAGUUUAUGUGUUGCCUCCCAUUAUAGUCUAUGGGCAUUCUCUUUAGUCAUUCACCAUUGUCAUUCUAUAGAAAACAAUGAUAAUACCACUUAAUCUCAAUUUCAAAAAAUUGCCACUGAACUCGUAGAGUAUGCCUGCAAAAGAUUUACUUGAUAUGUUUCACGGUUCAGAUUCCAAGUCACAUAUUGCUUCCCAUUAUACUCUAUGGGCAUUCCAUUGUAUCAUUUACCUGUCAUUCCAUAGAAAAGAGCUAUAAUCCCAGUUAUUUUUAGGUUUAGAAUCUACUGCUGUACUUGGGGAACACCUGUGGAAAAGAUGAAUUUGCUACACAACAGAGAUUUACCUGCAAAUUAGUUUGUGUUGCCUCCCAUUAUAGUCUAUGGGCAUUCUCUUUAGUCAUUCACCAUUGUCAUUCUAUAGAAAACAAUGAUAAUCCCACGUAAACUCAAUUUCAAAAAUUGCCACUGAACUUGUAGAGUAUGCCUGCAAAAGAUUUACUUGAUAUGUUUCACGGUUCAGAUUCCAAGUCACAUAUUGCUUCCCAUUAUACUCUAUGGGCAUUCCAUUGUAUCAUUUACCUGUCAUUCCAUAGAAAAGAGCUAUAAUCCCAGUUAUUUUUAAUUUUAGAAUCUACUGCUGUACUUGGGGAACACCUGUGGUAAAGAUAAAUUUGCUACAUAACAGAGAUUUACCUGCAAAUGAGUUUUUGUGUUGCCUCCCAUUAUAGUCUAUGGGCAUUCUCUUUAGUCAUUCACCAUUGUCAUUCUAUAGAAAACAAUGAUAAUCCCACUUAAUCUCAAUUUAAAAAAAUUGCCACUGAACGCGCAGAGUAUGCCUGCAAAAGCUUUACUUGAUAUGUUUUACGGUUCAGAUACCAAGUCACAUAUUGCUUCCCAUUAUACUCUAAGGGCAUUCCAUUGCAUCAUUUACCUGUCAUUCCAUAGAAAAGAGCUAUAAUCCCAGAUAAAUUUACUUUUACAAUCUACUGCUGUACUUGGGGAACACCUGUGGAAAAGAUGAAUUUGCUACACAGCACAGAUUUACCUGCAAAUGAGUUUUUGUGUUGCCUCCCAUUAUAUUCUAUGGGCAUUCUCUUUAGUCAUUCACCAUUGUCAUUCUAUAGAAAACAAUGAUAAUCCCACUUAAUUUCAAUUUCAAAAAUUGACACUGAAUCUGGAGAAUAUUGUGGCAAAAUAUGGAUUUCAUAUGUGUAAUAGUUUUGUCUCUAAUUGAAAUAUUUUGUUUCCAUUAUUCUCUAUGGGCAUUCCUUUCACUUCCAUUAUUCUCUAUGGGCAUUCCACUGCCUUGUCAAAGUCUAUGGGCAUUCCAAUCUGUCAUUCCUUUUAGUAUGUCCCCAGAUCAGGGGCCCCUCACCGGCUCUGUAUGAACUGCCAGGGGCCCCUCACCGGCUCUGUAUGAACUGCCAGGGGCCCCUCACCGGCUCUGUAUGAAUUGCCUGGGGCCCCUCACCGGCUCUGUAUGAACUGCCAGGGGCCCCCUCACCGGCUCUGUAUGAACUGCCAGGGGCCCCCUCACCGGCUCUGUAUGAACUGCCAGGGGCCCCCUCACCGGCUCUGUAUGAACUGCCAGGGGCCCCCUCACCGGCUCUGUAUGAACUGCCUGGGGCCCCUCACCGGCUCUGUAUGAACUGCCAGGGGCCCCUCGCCGGCUCUGCGUAAACUGCCAGGGGCCCCUCACCGGCUUUGCGUAAACUGCCAGGGGCCCCUCACCGGCUUUGCGUAAACUGCCAGGGGCCCCUCACCGGCUUUGCGUAAACUGCCAGGGGCCCCUCACCGGCUUUGCGUAAACUGCCAGGGGCCCCUCACCGGCUUUGCGUAAACUGCCAGGGGCCCCCUCACCGGCUUUGCGUAAACUGCCAGGGGCCCCCUCACCGGCUUUGCGUAAACUGCCAGGGGCCCCCUCACCGGCUUUGCGUGAACUGCCAGGGGCCCCCUCACCGGCUUUGCGUGAACUGCCAGGGGCCCCCUCACCGGCUCUGUGUGAACUGCCAGGGGCCCCUCACUCUAAAUGGGCUCCCAGGGGCCCCUCGCCAGCUCUGUAUAAACUGCCAGGGGCCCCUCACUGCCCCUGUAUAAACUGCCAGGGGCCCCUCACCGGCUUUGCGUAAACUGCCAGUUCACUCUAAAUGGGCUCCCAGGGGCCAUUUGCCAGCUUUGUAUUUAAUGUUGGUGAGCCCCGCGCUGGAGAAAGGUAGGUGGCUGAGGGGAUUUUAACCAAUUCAGCCCGGCGAGGUGGGGGGACCUAAUGACCCUAUAGUCUGGCACUAUAGUGGUCCUUUAAGUAUUUUUAAAGUUUCUCUGCCUUUAUUAACUUGGCAUAAUUAUAGAAAAUAAAAUCUAACCAGUAAACAUGCACACAUUACAGGUCAUCGUGUGACUAUUCAGCAAAAUGCAGAACGACGCUGGAGAAUUUGUGGACUUGUACGUCCCCCGUAAAUGGUAAGUUGCAUUAUUGUACAUCUCAAGAGUAAAUCUAUUGUUUGAAGUCUACAUGAAGCAGAUAAUUAUCAGGAAAGUCUUUGCAGAUUGGGGUUUUACAUGUUUGAAAAAUCAGUGUUGCACAGAUUGCGUAUUGCCAUUUUAGCUGAAUUUCCCGUUUUCCCUCUUACACCAAACUGUAACAGUUGUAUAAAGUGAUGGUUGUAACCUGGACCUGUCACUUUGUAGCAUUUAACCAUGCAUAUUAAAAGCUAUUUUGAAAAAUGCUUGUUAAAAUCUUAUUUCCUGGAUAUAUCCAGGGCAUCACUUCCCACUCCUAGAUUGGAUAUGAACUCCUCCCUAAUUAAACAAGACUCCAUCCUUUGACUUUUGUCCUGUCCACUUCACUUGGACAUAUGUUUUGCACCUCCCUUUUUUUUUGUGUGUGUGUGUGACUUGAGUCUAAUAAGUACCCUUAGCCUAUGAGGAGUUCAGCCUUGUUAAAAUCUCAUUUUUAAAAGAAUCUUUGAUUAGACGUUUUAGGAGCCCAGAUUACGUCAGCUCAUUGAAGUGGUCUGGGUGCAAUGUCCCAGUCCCCUUAACCCUGCAAUGGUUGUUAUUGCAGUUAUUGAUACACUGCAAUAAUUACUUUGCAGGGUUAACUCUACCUCUAGUGGCAAGUACCAGACAGCUAUUUGAGGCACUUCCAUGUGGUUAGGCGACUUUUGGUCAGUUGCCCGAUGCUGGACGUCAUCACGCUCUGCAUGAGGACAUCCAGCGUCAUCUGAAAAGCAUUGAGUAAUGCUUUCCUAUGGGGUAGUACUAAUGCCAGUGCGCACCGCAUGAGUUUGAUUCCCCGCCAGCUCACAUUGGUGGAGGAGCUGCAUCCUGACCCAGCUCCGAGGGACAUCGGCGCUAGAAUCAGGAAAGUGACACAAUGGUUUUUAAACCCUUCCAGUGCCGCGAAUCAGGGGGGCAUUGUAGGUCACUAUAGUGCUACUGAGUUUUCCAAGCACUAUAGUUUCCCUUUAAAUGUGUGUUUUCCUAGGUGUUUGAAGGAUAAAGCAGCUUAUUUUGUCAGGCCUCCCAUUUACUUUGCCAUUCAUUGAUGGUUGUUUUCACUAUAUUCAUCUCACUGGUGACCAUUGGUCUCUUACCUUUCAGCUCUGCAAGCAACAGAAUUAUUGGUGCUAAGGACCAUGCUUCAAUCCAGAUGAACAUUGCGGAGGUGAGGGUCCUACAGUUCUUUAUUUUUAUAGGAUAUAUUCCUUUACUGCUAUGGUUAUUUUAUUUAAUCAAACAAACCAUUCUUCCCCGUUUAGCUCUUAUGACUUUACAUCUGAAUUUCUAUGGGGAAACACUAAUGGACAGUGAGGGAAACAUUGAGGAACACUAAGGGAUGUGGGGUGCAGCAGAACACUAAUGGACAGAAGGAAACAUUGAGGAACACUAAGGGACAGGGGGAGGCAGAGGGACAGUAAAUAUUCUUGCAAACUUAAAGCAAAUCUGACUGGCAUGUAUAUUUUGUGCAUUUACCACUUUAAAAAAACUGCAAAAAUAAACAUGUUCAGUUAACAGUAGAUUUGUGUAGAAUUUUUUUUUCUUCAAAAUGGUAAAUAUACAGAGUAGCUGAUAACUUACAGAUACUCUGUAUAUCGGCCUGAAAGUUCAGAUUAUCAGUAUCGGCUCAAAAAAAUCAAUAUCCUGUCGAUCCCUACUUGGUAUAAUCUCCCAAGCUGAAAAAUAUUUUGUACUUUGCUGAAGGCAGCCAAUCUAGAGCUUUCCUCACUUAGUCAAACCUCCUUCGUAAAUCAAUUUAGACUUGUUUAAAUUACUUAGAAUUUUGCCCUAAAGGCUAUUGCAUUGAUUUGUUCCCUUUCUAUAUGGGUAAUGUAGAGGUGGACUGGAUUGCACUUCAUGUUGACUUGUUUAGAUUGGCCAAUUUCAGUUAUUUGCAAUAAUGUAGAGUUGAUUUGUGGCCUCAUUGACCCACUUGUAAUCUGUUGGUUUCACUUUCAGCUGGAUAAAGUCACAGGAAGAGUUACUGGUCAGUGCAAGACUUAUGCAAUCUGCGGUACAAUUCGCCGGAUGGUAUGUAAUGCUUUUCUCAGAAUCUCUACUUUAAUAGUUGAGCCUAAUGAUUGAGCAUUACUAGAGGAAAAUAAUGCACACAGAAUGACUACACAUAGCCACUACAGCCCUCUGUGCAGGUUUUGAUGCAAGGAAUACCCCAGUGCCAUUCCCCAGUAAUGGGGUAAAACAUUUUCUAAUGGUUUGUCCUAUUACCUGGGUCCUUGUUAGGUGCUGAGUCACUUCCUAGCUGGGUGAACGCUCUCCGCCAAUAAAUGAUGCUCUCUGCAGGGCAUAUGCACAGAAUUUACUUUAGUCUGCCCAGCGCUAUUGUUACAGGCUGGCUAAUAGCAUAUUAAUCUGUACAGUGUUUUGUACUGAAGCAGCAUAUACAGAUUCCAGUGUUUUGAAGUGGUUAUGGUGCUUGGAGUAACCCUUUAAACCAUUCUUUUAGACCCGUGACUAGCAUUCUCAUGAGUUUCAGGACUAUCAAAUUUUGUGUAGCCAUCCUACCCCCAGUGAGUCAAGUAGCAUCAAACAUUGAUCAGUGCGGUUUUGGGACCAGGGUGUCAUUCACAGUCACCGUAAGGUUACCUUGACUGACUGACUGUAAGUGUUCUUCACUUCAAGGUUUAAACAAAUAUAGAUUGUUUCGAGCGUUUCACCUUGUAACUGCCAGGUUCUAGGGCACCCUCAUCUGAUAGUUUUAUUUGUCAACUGCCGAGUACACUUUUGCCACUGUUCUGCUCCACCCCUGGGAGGAGCCUGUCUAGAUAAAAUUGGCGCUUGUGUAAACUGGGCUGUCUUUUUAACAUACGCACAAAUUGAUGCCUUUUUCCAAUUCCUGUGCUCUUUAAACUGAUUAUACGUAGAACAGGCACUUGUAUUUUUUUAUGGUUCUCUUCUUCUUCGCUGUGAUGUUUAUAUAAUAUAAUUCUUCUGUGUGUCGGUUACAAAUAUUAAUACGCAUUACUUACGUAUUCUUUAGAUUUGCUCUGCCUACAGUUACUAAUAUAAUAAAGCCGAUAUUGCUUGACUCAGGAAGGGAGAACACACGGACAAUAAGCCUCGGGGUCUUUUGUCCACUAUUCUAUAUAGCUAUGGCCAUAAUGACUAAAACUCUGCCCAUAUAAGGACAUGUAUGACGACUUUAAUCACCAACAUUCCAGAGUUCUCAUGGUACAUCAUAGCAAAUUACCAUCUGUUCUUUUUAACCCAUAACAUAAAUAUAAAUAGAAACAUAGAAUAUGUUGGUUUCUGCUCACUAGUGCAAUUUUCAGCCCUGAUGCUUGAUAUUUCCAGGCAAAGGAUCAUGAAAUAAAACGUGAUAUCAUUUUUAUUGUUUGUGUUUUCUUUACAGGGAGAAUCUGAUGACUCCAUUCUGAGGCUGGCAAAAAAUGAUGGUAUUGUUUCAAAGUAAGUUUCUGGAAUAUAAACAUUUCUUUCAAGAAUCCCCUCUGUGCAUUUAAUCUAUCCCAUAUGCCCUAUCUGGCAUAGUCAUUCAUUUGCAUAUUGUGCCAGGGAUAUCAGGGAGAAUCGGGUUGGGUUUGAGCAUAGAUUAAUUUAUUCUGUUUAUAUUAGAAUGUACACAUUUUAUAAAUUUCUAGAUUAGCGUAUUGUUAAAUAUGGUAUUAAUGUGAAAAUCUAAUGUCUGCGUAUUAUCUUCUUUACAGGAAUUUCUAAGAGGAUUGCUUUGAAAUGUGCUGCCUUGUACAAAAAUAAAAGCUGAAAAAUAACAUUUGUGUUGUCUUUUUAAUGGGGGGGGGGGGGUCAUCAGAUUCUUGAUGCAUGCUGACUUAUUGAAUAAAAAAA